AUACUACGGAGAUCUCGCCGUGUUACGCAACCAGUCUCCUGAUCUCGUGAGAGGGAGUCCCUGGAAGCUCCACGUAGCCAACUACGUCCACCUCUGCUGAUUAUUGUCUGUGUUCUGGGUUGUUUUAAAAGAGACGCCUCUUGGCAUCGUGAAAACAUGCCUCUCCGAUUGGAUAUCAAACGAAAGCUGUCGGCUCGCUCAGACCGUGUAAAGAGCGUGGAUCUGCAUCCAACUGAGCCAUGGAUGGUUGCCAGCCUGUAUAAUGGCAGUGUCUGCGUCUGGAACCACGAGACACAGACCAUUGUUAAGACCUUUGAAGUGUGUGACCUUCCUGUCAGAACCUCUAAGUUUGUGGCCAGGAAGAACUGGGUCAUCACAGGAGCUGAUGACAUGCAGAUUCGUGUGUUCAACUACAACACCCUGGAGCGUGUGCACAUGUUUGAGGCUCACUCAGACUACAUCCGCUGCAUCGCUGUACACCCCACACAGCCAUACAUCCUCACCAGCAGUGAUGACAUGCUGAUCAAACUCUGGGAUUGGGAGAAGAAGUGGUCCUGCAGCCAAGUCUUUGAGGGACACACACACUAUGUCAUGCAGAUCGUCAUCAACCCCAAGGACAACAACCAGUUUGCCAGUGCCUCCCUCGACAGGACCAUCAAGGUGUGGCAGCUGGGUUCUUCGUCCCCUAACUUCACACUGGAGGGUCAUGAGAAGGGGGUCAACUGCAUCGACUACUACAGUGGGGGCGACAAGCCCUAUCUCAUCUCCGGGGCUGACGAUCGGAUGGUCAAGAUCUGGGAUUACCAGAAUAAAACGUGUGUGCAGACGCUGGAGGGUCAUGCACAGAAUGUGUCAUGUGUCAGCUUCCACCCAGAGCUGCCCAUCAUCCUCACUGGAUCAGAGGAUGGCACUGUGCGUAUCUGGCACGCAAGCACGUACCGCCUGGAGAGCACGCUGAACUACGGCAUGGAGAGGGUGUGGUGUGUGUGCAGCCUGCGGAGCUCCAACAGCGUGGCAUUGGGCUAUGACGAGGGCAGCAUCAUCAUAAAGCUUGGACGGGAGGAGCCGGCCAUGUCCAUGGACAGCAACGGGAAGAUCAUCUGGGCCAGGCACUCAGAGGUGCAGCAGGCCAACCUGAAGGCCAUGGGCGAUGCGGAGAUCAAGGACGGAGAGCGGCUGCCGCUGGCUGUUAAAGACAUGGGCAGCUGUGAGAUCUACCCCCAGACCAUCCAGCACAAUCCCAAUGGCAGGUUUGUUGUGGUGUGUGGAGAUGGAGAGUACAUCAUCUACACCGCCAUGGCGCUCAGGAACAAGAGCUUUGGCUCGGCGCAGGAGUUUGUCUGGGCCCACGAUUCCUCUGAAUAUGCCACUCGGGAAAGCAACAGUAUGGUAAAACUCUUCAAGAACUUUAAGGAGAAGAAGUCCUUCAAACCAGACUUUGGUGCAGAAGGUGUGUAUGGUGGAUACCUGCUGGGAGUCAGGUCAGCGAAUGGGCUCGCAUUUUACGACUGGGAGAACACACAGCUGAUCCGCCGCAUCGAAAUCCAGCCCAAGCAUAUCUUCUGGUCAGACUCGGGCGAGCUGGUGUGCAUCGCCACGGAUGAGUCCUUCUUCGUCCUCAAGUACAUGCCGGACAAGGUGGCGGCCGCGCAGGAGGGCAACGAGGGUGUGACAGAGGAUGGUAUCGAGGACGCAUUCGAAGUCCUGGGUGAGAUUCAGGAGGUUGUGAAGACAGGCCUCUGGGUGGGAGACUGCUUCAUCUACACCAGCUCAGUGAACAGGCUGAACUACUUUGUGGGGGGAGAAAUUGUUACCAUUGCUCACCUGGACAGGACAAUGUACCUGCUGGGCUACAUCCCCAAGGACGACCGCCUCUACCUGGGAGACAAGGAGCUGAACAUUGUGAGCUACUCGCUGCUGGUGUCCGUGCUGGAGUACCAGACCGCUGUCAUGCGCAGGGACUUCGGCAUGGCUGAUAAGGUGCUGCCCACCAUCCCAAAGGAGCAGAGGACACGAGUGGCACACUUCCUGGAGAAACAGGGCUUCAAGCAGCAGGCGCUGGCUGUGUCCACAGACCCAGAGCAUCGCUUUGAGCUGGCACUGCAGCAGGGGGAGCUCAAGAUCGCCUACCAGCUGGCCACUGAAGCAGAGUCAGAGCACAAGUGGAAACAGCUGGCAGAGCUGGCCACCGCAAAGUGCCAGUUCAGGCUGGCGCAGGAGUGCCUCCACCACGCCCAGGACUACGGCGGGCUGCUGCUGCUCGCCACGGCAUCCGGCAACGCCGCCAUGGUGGGAAAGCUGGCCGAGUGCGCGGAGCGCGACGGCAAGAACAACGUGGCGUUCCUGACCUACUUCCUGCAGGGAAAAUUGAACAACUGUCUGGAACUCCUAAUCCGGACAAAUCGUCUGCCAGAAGCUGCUUUCCUGGCUCGUACGUACCUCCCUAGCCAGGUGUCCAGGGUGGUAAAGCUGUGGAGAGAGAGCCUGUCCAAGGUGAACCAAAAAGCUGCAGAAUCAUUGGCGGACCCAUCUGAAUAUGAGAACUUAUUCCCUGGGCUGAAGGAGGCCUAUGUGGCUGAGCAGUACCUCAGAGAAACCGCCAAGACACAGCCAGCCGCCGAGUAUCCCCUCGUUGCCCCAAAUGAGGAGAGGGUUGUGUUGGAAGAGUCGAGAGGCUACCAACCCAAAGGAAUCCCGGCACCGACUGAAGAAGUUCCUGAGACUGGAGAAGGGGCCACUGCAGUAAUGGCAGCAGCAGCAGCAGUUUCAGCUGAAGUUGAGGACCAUGUUUUGAUGGAAGUGGAAGCCCCUGUUGUCCCGAAACCCGAAGUGCCUGUUGUCCCAGAAGCUGAAGCCUCUGUUGUCUCGGAAGCCAGAACCCCUCUUGUUAUAGAAGCAGAAGUGUCUGUUGUCUCAGAAGCGGAAGCCCCUGUUGGUAUGGAAGCUGAAACUCCUGUUGCCCCAGAAACAGAAGGCUCUUUUGUCACAGAUGUGAAAGUCAUGGAAGAUGAAGCUGCUGUUGUUGAAGAAGUGGAAGCUCUUGCUGACGCAAAAGCUCCUGUUGACAUAGAAGCAGAAGUCCCUGUUGACACAGAAGCAGAAGUGCCUGUUGUCACAGAAGCUCCUGCUGACAUGGAAGCAGAAGUGUCUGUUGUCACAGAAGCUCCUGUUGACACGGAAGCAGAAGUGUCUGUUGUCACACAAACUGAGACUCCCAUUGUUACAGAAACGGAAGCUCCUGUUGACAUGGAAGCAGAAACCCCUGUUGUCACAGAAGCUUCUGCUGCCACAAAAAUGGAAGUUCCCCUGAUUACAGAAGUGCAAUUGCCCAUCUCCACUGAAGAUAAAGUACCCAUGCUUGUGGAAGAGGGUGCACCUCUCCCUGUAGAAGUGGAAGCUCCCUUCAGUGCAGAACAAGGGCUGGCCACUGUAGAACAGGAGACUCCCAUAAUCCCAGAAGUGGAAGCUCUCAUAAUCCCUGAAGUGGAAACUCCCAUAAUCCCUGAAGUGGAAGCUCCCAUAAUCCCAGAAGUAGAUACUCCCAUAAUUCCAGAACUGGAAGCCCCCAUAAUUUCGGAACUGGAAGCCCCCAUAAUUCCGGAACUGGAAGCUCCCAUAAUUCCAGAACUGGAAGGCCCCAUAAUUCCGGAACUGGAAGCCCCCACAAUUCCAGAACUGGAAGCCCCCACGAUUCCGGAACUGGAAGCCCCCACGAUUCCGGAAUUGGAAGCCCCCAUAAUUCCGGAAGUGGAAGCCCCCAUAAUCCCAGAAGUGGAUGCAUCCAUAAUCCCCAAAGUGGAAGCCCCCAUAAUUCCAGAAGUGGAUGCUUCCCUCUCAGUGGAUGACCUUAUCACCACAGAGUUGGAAGCGUCCUCUGAUACACUGAUGGAUGCUCCUGUCCCAGCUUUAGUUCCACUGGAACCUGCCAGUUUUGUGCCAGAGACAACAGGUCUCCUCACACCAGCACCCACAGCUGUGCAGGAGAAGAGAGAGGUGGACCCAAUGCCAUCACCUCCAGCCGAAGGUCCUGAGGCCAAACUAAAAGACGAGGCCCUCUUUGACCUGGAUGACGAUUUGGAUGACUUUGAUCUGGAGGAUAUCGACACAUCAGACGUCAAUCUGGAUGACGACUUCUUGGACGACUAAAUCAAAAUUAAGAGACCAAACCAUUUGUAUUUGUCUUUUUGUAAUUUUCACAUUGGAAUGGAAGUAAAGGGACAGAAGGGAAUAGGUGGUACAGUAACAAUACCUCAUUAGUAAAUAUUCAGUGAAGCUGGACUUUUUUUAAUGGAACCCUGGGACUCUCAAACUGUGAUGUGCAUCAGAGUACAUUUCUGUAUGCACAAUAUCUUGGAACACUCUUACCUCUGAAUAAACUUUUACACUUCUCUA